AUGUUCCUUCAUGCAAAGUUAAAGAAACUGAAGCAGUACGAGAAGAAAGCUGAGCGGAAACAAGAAAUACUUCGUGAAAAGAAAUUGUUUGUUCUGGACAACUCAUUACGUGAGAGUACUGUUGGACAACUCAGAGGUCAUACGAUUGAAAAUAAAUGGAAGAUUUAUGAAGAGGUAAAUAUAGUGAUAAUUUUAUUGCCAAUGAUUUAUUGUGUCACGAAGUUUGAAAUUAUAGUUUAUACAUUUAGUUCUUCUACUACGUCUCUUUGUCCAUCUCUAAAUCCUUCAAAAAACCCUAUGGCCAUCCUUAUGGAGUAUAUAGCAGCUUAUUUGUGACAUUGUUUGAUUGUUUUAUAAAUAAUAUUGCUGUUAAUAUUGUCAUACAGUUAUAGAAAAGCAUUACAGCAGCACAACUGCACAAUUUCAUAUUUGCUAAAACACUGUGCAUGCUGCUCCACUGCAAAUUAUGUUUAUUCCGAACACAAGCACUAUAGUGGUGGUGCUCCAAAAGGUUCCAUUGUUGGUCCAUUAUAACCAUCAGUUCUUAGUUGUAAACAAAAAUAUGAUUUUAACUGCUAGACUUGAGAAUAAAACCAAGAAUAUAUUGAACACUUUGUUAUCGAAUACGAUUGUAUUGAAACACUGUCAGCGAAUAUUUUUGAAUAAUUAAUAUUUGGGGGAUUUUUAAAUGUAUUUUAUUGGCACAAUAAAAGGACGUUUACUGAACCAGUCAAACUCAACUAUUAUUGAAAUACCUUUGGUCCGUGACAAGGAUCAACAUGCUACUUUGAAUACAAACGCCACUGCAGUUAUAGACCAAUUAAAAAGCCCCAUAUUACCACACACCAAAGAUGCACCCCCAAGUAAACAGAAGGAACGAUUGCAAACACAGCAGCCCUCUAAUAUAACACAAAGAAAAAUACUUAGCAAAUCCCUAAAAGCAAUAUUCCUUGCCAUUUUCUUUCACGGUAGGGGUGGUGUAGAAACAAAACUGUAACUUUAAACAUCUGUAUUCAAAUGAGCCAUCGGAUAACGUGCCUAAAUACAAAAUACGUUGCCCUUUUCUACAACGGAGACGGUUUUGCUUGAAAUGAGACCAAUGUGACUUUUCACAUAAUGAUAUCCCAAAUAUUCCGUCGACUCAACGGCCUGACACGAAUUACCCUAAUCCUUUUUUAUUCCACCAACAAAGGACAGCGACCCCAAAUUUGUUACAAUUCCGCCAAAAUUGCAGCAUGCAAGUUCUCCCAAAUUACCCCAUGGCACCAUGGUCAACCACUCUUGGUUAACUGGACCUGUAAUAGAUAUUCCAAUAUAUACCCACUUCGUCUACGAUGGUGAAUGCAAUCCCAACACGAAUCUCGGUUAGAAGAAGCAAACAAACCAGACCGCAACACCCAUAGAAAUCUAAGUUAUAUUAAUGGCAUUAAACAGGAGUCCACCAAACCAAAACUGAUCCUACAGUGUUUAGUAGUGAAUGCCAGAUCAAUAGUAAAACCUGAUGCUUAUCCCGCAUUAUAUGCUGAACUCAAAAAUAAUAAUAUUGACGUGUGCUGCAUUUCUGAAACAUGGUUACAUCGGGUUUCCUAAUUUGUCCUCCCGGCUUCUACAUUAUUAGAAAAGAUAGACUAAGUACUCGCGGUGGUGGAGUGGCAAUUUUAUGUAGAAAUGACUGGACAAUUGAAAAAAUACAAUAUAUGGACAUUUCGUUGAGUGCCUAUGGGUAACAAUUACCACUCAAAACUCAAAUUUUAGUGUAGCAGUUGUAUACCACCUCCUGAACAUGAUUGAAACUACAAACUGAACAUGAUUGAACAUACAAACUCUCGAAACUUGGGCCACAGAAUCCAAUCUCUUGUUGAAUGAAAAUAAGACUAAGCAGAUGCUCAUAAGCACUCGACAGAUGUCAAGAACUCAUAAUCUCGGAGACAUCACGCUACCUCUUACCAUAAAGAAUCAAUUCCUUGAGAGAGUUGAAAAUUACUUGGUACGUGGCUUAGUGAGGAUCUCAAAUGGUCACAUCAUGUAAAGGAACUUGUCUCGUCUUGUUAUGGAGUACUUUCAGCUUUGCGCAAAAUUCGGAUAUGACACCCCAACAUACUAAAAAGCUAUUAGCAGAAAGUCUUGUACUUUCUAAGCUAAACUUUAAUGAUGUCGUUUGCUAUUGUGUCACGUUUGUUAUUGUGUCACUGGAGGGAAAAACACACCUAUUAGCUCUCUUAUUGAACCAGAUGAAAUAAAUGCCCACUUCCAAAAUAUCAAUACAGAUCCCAAUUGCUCAGCUCCCUCACUACUUGAAAUUCCUCAGGAAACAAGAGCCCCUUCCCUUUCUACCAGUAUAUGGUUCACAAUUUCUUAGAAAACAGCAACGUUCAUCAUCUGGCCCUGAUGAUUUACCGUAUUGGAAAACGUACGCAGCUGAGUUGACCCCAGCCAUAACAGAAAUAUUUAAUGUAUCCCUAAAACUUGGAAUAGUACCUAAUGUAUGGAGGAGCAAAUAUUGUUCCAAUUCCAAAAGAAACGGUCAUUAAUUCAUGUCCUCAAUUACGACCUGAAUAGAAAUAAAAAGAAGGAAAAACUUCCUCAUGUGUUUCGACAAAAGAACUCAGAUAUUAAUUUUUCUGACCCAGUUGUGAUUGCUAACAAAUUUAAUGAAUAUUUUGUAAAUGUUGGUCCAAAUUUGGCAAAAGGUAUUCGAAAAAAUGAUAGGCAUGUCACUUGAAAAAUAUCUCGAAGGAAACUAUAGAGAGAGUAUGUUUGCUGAACCUGUUAUUGAAUAUGAAAUAUUGACUGGGAUUGAUAACUUAAGCACAAAUAAAAGUGCAAGACAUGAUAAUACAAAUGCCAAAAUGAUAAAACAACGAAACAAGAAGUCUGCAAACCUCUUGCACAUAUUUUCAAUUUAACGUUUGAUUCCGGAUUAAUCCCGGAAUCCGACCAUCGUUACUCCUAUUUUUAAAGCAAAUGAAAGAUACCUGUUUGAAAAUUAUAGGCCAUGCAAUUUCAGUUCUCACAUGUUUUUCAAAAUUACUUGAAAAAAUAAUGCAUAAAAGACUAAUUUCGUAUAUUGAAAAACAUAAUAUUUUAUCUAAGCAUCAAUAUGGUUUCAGGAAAAAUCGGUCAACUGAACAUGCUAUAAUUGAAUUAACUGACAAAAUUUCAAAAGCUAUAGAUGAUGGUAAAUAUACAAUCGGUAUUUUCCUUGAUCUAUCUAAGGCUUUUGACGCAGUUAACCAUGAUAUUCUCCUAAAAAAACUUGAACAUUAUGGCAUAAGAGGAAAUUGGCUAAAAUGGUUUGAAAGCUACCUACACGAAAAAAUGCAAAUUGUUAAGUUUGCAUGGUCAUCAUAAAUCAAACAAAUUGGUUAUAUCUACAGGGAUUUUGCAAGGCUCUAUUCUUGGGCCACUUCUUUUCCUGUUAUAUAUUAACGACAUUGAAACCUGUUGUACUAUGUACUGUAUAUGCUGAUGACACUAAUGCAUUUCACUCUGACAAAUGCCUAAAAUCAUUAACGCAUGUUAUGCAAGAAAAAUGAGUGAAGUAAUUAUAAAAUGGCUAAACUUGAAUAAAUUAUCUAUAAAUACAACAAAAGCUAAGUAUAUAGAUUUUAAAUCAAGAAAUAAAGAAUGUGAGAAUGAAAGUGAUAUUAAACUUAAUGGAAUAAUGAUAACAUUAUACAACAGGCUUCUCAUGUCAAAUUUUUAGGUGUAAUUUUAGAUCGUGAAUUAACAUGGAAAAACCAUUUAAACUCUGUUGUUAAACAUAUAAUUAAAUCUACGGCACUUAUAUUAGCAAAACUACGACAUUAUACACAAACAAAAAUACGCUGAAGUUAAUUUAUUAUUCAUUGGCAGCCUCGUACCCAGGCGCUAUGUGUUGUUCUAUGGCUUGCGUGGCCUUUGCGUGGGCCGCGUGGAUCAAUUUGAACGAUUUCCAUUUUUAUGGUUUAUCCAUAUCUCAUGCCUAUAGGAAUCUAGUAUGGGGUAAUACGUACACAACAAGGCUACAGAAAAUACUAAAUAUACAGAAAAAAAUUAUCAGAUUGAAAAGUUUUAAAUCUUAUCCUGAACACACUGAACCAUUGUUUCAGAACUUAAAGAUCUUGAAUAUCUUUAAGAUCAAUGACUAUUUAAACGUUUAAGCAUCUACAAAAUUUACCUGAAUUUUUUAAUGGCUACUUCACACAGACUAAUGAAGUACAUCAUUACAAUACUCGGAAUGCUAACAAAUUACAUGUUAAUUUUAGUAGAACAAAUGAUGCAAAACAUACUAUUGUAAACAAGGGAGUUAGAUAUGGAAUUCACUAGAUAAAGAAAUUAGCAAUAUUAUGUUUUAUUGUACUUUUAAGAAAAAGUAAAAAAUAUUCUUCUUGUAAAAUAUACUUAAUUGUUAUUAUCUGUAAACUUUGUACAAUUAGCUCAUUAUUACAUUUAGUUUAAAAUUUUCCUUACUUUAUACUUGUAUUUGUAAAUAAAUAUUCCUAUAUUCUUUCGACAUUUAAUGCAUGAUUAACUUACUGUAUAAAACAAUUACAAAAAAUAUUAUAGAACUAGGGACCUUUGAACAAAAAGCCUGAAAGGGUUUCAUGAAGGCUACUUGCCCGUCUAUUGUAUACUUUGAAGAUUGUAGAAAUAUUGUAUAACUUUUCCAUAUGGGCAAAUAAAAUGAAAUGAAAAAGACAUAUCUCACUAACAGACAUAAUAAUGUCUUUUUAAUAAGACUAUUUGAGAGAUGUGUGUACAAAAAUGAGAUCGCAGACAUCACAAGAGAUUUAAUUGACUCUGAUCAAUAUGCUUCCAUUAAAUAAUAAAUGCCAACAUAUAUAUAUAUAUAUGUGGUUAAGAAGUUUGGAUAAUGGAACUAAAUACGCAAGAGUUCUUUCAUUUGACCUUAUUAAGUUUUUUUGAUAUAGUGAAGAAAUUACCUCUCAACCCGUAUGUAAUUAAUUGUUAAUCAGUUUCCUGCAAGAUCGUAAACAGAGAGUAACGGUCGAUGGCAUCACGACCGAGUUCUUGAGAAUCAACCGUAGCGUGCCCCAUGCGGGGACUGUUCUUGGUCCAAUUCUAUUUUCAAUAAUGGUUAACGAUAUUAAACCAACUGACCCAAGUAAUGAACUCUGAUGCAGAUGAUAUAACUGUAAAAGCCGAUGAAGAUGAUGAUACAGGAAUAACAUAGGCGGUAGAAAACAUACAACUAUGGUCAGAAAAUAACCAUAUGGCGUUGAAUAUGAAAAAACAUAUGAAAUGAUUGUUCGUGGGAAAACUCUAACACCCGUACCUAUAGUUGCAUUCCUCGGCGUCACUCUCGAAGAAAUACCAAAUAGAUGGGACAGACACUUUGAAGAAAUGCUAAAGAAAGCGAGUGAAAGAAUGUACAUAUUACGAGUAUGCAAAUAUUAUGGCUUUACAGUAAAGCAGUUAGAACGUCUCUUUUAGAACUUAAUUAUGUCACUAUUUACCUUUGGAAUUGAACUCUGGAGAGGUGCAUCCUACACUAAAUACAUAAGUCAAAUUGACAAAUUUGUUAAUCGUGCAUUCCGAAAUGGGUAUGUAACAAAAAAGUCAAAGGUGAUAUUAGAAAGAAACAAGAAACUAUAUGGUCGAAAACAUUAAACAAUAAAAAGAAUGCGUUGCAUUGAGGGAACUUCUACCCAACAAGUUAAGUCGAACUCUAAGACAAAUCGAACUCUGCAUGAGACAAAUCACUUAUGCCACUCCUGCGCUACACGUGAUUCGUCAGCAAUUGCUGUUUUCGUUUUGGUUAGGUUCCAUCGCUUUAAUUAUAUCCCCGUUUUGCGCACGCUUUGGAACCGUUGCUAUGCUAACAUAUUUGUCCACUUGCUCGCAAACUUGUAUUGAUUCGCUCGCAUCUCAUCUCAGUUUUUGUACGCACAUAAUAAGGACGUUGUUCACUCACUGUUAGCUGUCUUAACAGUCCGCUGUUGCUCCUAAAUCGCACCAAUCCCACAAACGCGUUUUGUUCCACGGCAGCAUGUACAUCGCUGAUAAUUUCAAUAGGUGACUUACUGCACGUUCUGUGAUUAUCGCUGCUCUCACUUACUUGUACAUGUUCACCGCAUUUGCUUGUCUAACAGGAAUUUUUAUGAAUACUGGAUGGACUGGGUUUUGUUUUUUUUGUCUUUUUCGGGGUACUCGCUUCACCUCUAUCGUGAUAGACUCGCACGACAUUAAUUCUCGAUAUGGUCGUUUGUUUCUUGCCUGCGCAGUUGUUCCCAGCCGUUUUUGGUUUUUCACGCAUUCGAGAUCAUUAACUCCGCAAUUGAGUUCCAUAUAGACAAGCCACUCGUCGCGCGCAAUAAAUUAAUCGUACGUGUUUGCCUGUAGUUUACGGAGUUGGACUUCGUUUAGGCAAAGUAUAUAAAUGGUAACCUUUCUCCAAUACCGUUAGUCGGUUGGAGGAUAACUUUGAAGGAGGUACCAUUAGUUGACUAAGGAUUUCACUAAUCCUUAUGCUGGUGAUGGUGCUUGAUUAGUUAUGUGCAUCUUAACCAGGUACCGAUUCCAUCCCAAUCGGCGACGCAAAUUUUUUUCCGUAUAGACAGUCGGACUCCCCAUUGAUAGUCGGACGCAUCAUUGACCCGAUUGAUACUCUUCUUAUUAGAUGCGCUUCCCAGUGUGUCUUGCGCGCGCAAUUGGUGAUUUCAAAAUAUUGUUUUGCUUGGUUGAGGUGCCAAAAUCUGAGCAGGACACAUUGUGGCUUCAUGCAUAUGUAAUGUAUAAUACAACUUCUUGAAAUUAUAUAUUCGAUUAUUUUAGGUAAAAAAAGUUGGCUUUCAGGAUAUUAUUGUAACAUCGUUUUCCCAUAUGACCCGUGAUGGAGAUACAUUUAUUCGUCAACUGGCAGAAAAAGGAGAAGAUUUUAGCAAAUUUUACGCUUUUACAGAGUUUAUUGAAUCAAUUGACAGUCGAACCAAAAUUCCUGACACAGACACCAUUCCUGUUGGCUUGAUGAAAAUGAAAGAGUUGGGCAUUCGAAAUCCGAUCAUAGAAGCUGAUUUGUUUUAUCCCAGCAUCGACUACAAAAUAUUCAACGUGAAAAGAAUUACCAAACUUUUCUCACAAAGAAUGCAAUGGGUACGAGAAAAUCUUUCAAGAGAUGCCAAAAUUUUUAUCAACCUUCGUGAUAUUGCUGACGCCAUAAUCAACAAACCAAAGCGUGUGUUUAAAGUUGUCAAAUAUCUUUCAUCGUUGCCAGCAGACCAACGUCCUUUUGGAUUGAUAUUUGAAGAACCAACAGGAAACUACUUGCCAGAUCAACUUGGCGCUUGGACAGCCGCAGUACGUCAAGAAAUGAACAAAUGUGGUUUUCAAGAUGGUCAUUUGUUAGUUCAUAUUCAUGAGAAGUGGGGAUUGGCUCAAACGAGUCAGUUGGAAUGUCUUAUCAACGGAGCAAGCGGUAUUUGGUGCAGUGUAUGUGAAGAAGGAGCAGCCUUAGGUCAUGCAUGUUCUAGUGUGACCUUAUUAAAUAUGAUACGUUUGGGAAAUGAACAUGUCUUAAAACAAUAUAGUUGUGUUGAACUACGCAGAGCUGCUCAAGAAGUGACAAGAAUAACAACCGGUCAGGAACCACAUCCUAAACAACCUGUGUAUGGUGAACGAGCACUGGAUCUUGUCUUCGAUGGUACGAUGGGUUCAAAUCCUGACGAUGAAGGUUUCUGUAUGGCAACAUUCUUUGGACAAGAACCGCUGAUGAGAAUGUCAACAUUAGCAACACCAAGAAUGGUUCUAGCAAGACUAAAAACAUUGUUUGGUGAAAAUACUCAGUUUACAGAAGAACGAGCUCAGAGAAUGCUUCAAGUCAUGCAAGAAGAUCUACAUGAAAAUAGAAAAGAGGAAUACAUGAGUAAAGUUGGUCUCGCUAUCUUAUUUGAUCGAUCUGGUGGCAAGCUUACCGAAGCAAUGGCUAAGGCGGUUGAAGAUGAAAAGCCUGAAACACUCCAUGGUGAGAAGCUGAUCGCACAAAUACGGAAAUUGUGGGACGUUUGGGAUUUACGAGAUGGUGUGAAAGAUGACCAAUUAGAUUUUGAUGCGUUUUAUAACGGCUUCAUGGCGCCGUACUUUGGCUGCUAUAGAUGUGAUACAACCAGACGUGCACUGCAAGCAAUUGAUAUGGAUGAAGAUGGCCAAGUGGACUGGAACGAGUUCUCGUUGUAUCUAAAAUGGGCCAUUCGUGAAUAUCCAGAAACAAAAGAUGCUCAGGAAUUGCUUUCUAUCGCUUUCCGUAAGGGCCUUAUUCCUGCCAUGCAAGACGAAGUAUUGAAAGAAAGCUAAUUUUCUUGUGGAAACUGGAAACACUAUAUCAAGAAACUUAGAACACUAUUUCCAAAGUGAAAUUUGCACCUCAAAGUUAACAGUUACUUCUAAUUUGAAAGGAACAAUGACGGCAAGGUGUAAUUUUUAGGUUGUAACGGAAUAUAUAUCUGGAUGGCCAGUCAAUAUGGCGCGCGCCCUGUUCUUGAUUUUCUAUACAUAUAUUCAUAAUUGACGUCAUUAAUUAUAUAGUUUACCGCGUUUCUCCACAAUUCUGCAGGCUUUAUACAAUUUCUAAAAACCAGCGUUAAACUAUAUCUAUUAAUUCAUUUUAAUAAUAUUAUAAGAGAUUUUAUUAGCAUGACAACCUCAAUAAGUCCAAAAUAUAACGCAACUGCAUAUACUAAAUAACGUAAGCCAUAAAAUGUUGUACAUGCAAUUUAAACGCACAACACCAUAUAUGAUUUCACAUGCUUUUUCACAUGUGAAGUGUUCAAAUUCCACAUAAUUCCACAUAAGUUCACAUGUGAAAUUAAUUUUUACAUAAGUCGAUAUGAUCCUUAAUUUCACAUUGAAAUGUUCCAAUUCCACAUAAACUUUCACAAGUGAAAUGAUAUGUGAAUUUUCCGUAAGG